AUGGCUUAUCCAUUUAGCUCUCGUCUUACGGUUCACGAACGAGCUAGACUUGUGCUACUGUUGCUUUGCAUCGUGCCGCUACGUCUGACCAUUGAACUAUCAAGGACCCUUUUAAAUGCACUGAUACACCGUCUGCCACUGAGGCUGUUCUUGACCGGCGCAGUCUUUCGCGUGGUGCUUGAUACCCUAGAGGCACGACAUAUCCAACAUCUCAGCAAGUCAACCAGAGCGACUUACCAGUCAUGGGUCCAGCGGAAACAGGCCAGGCUGCUUAAAUCUACAAAAAGUGAGCGCGCGACACGUUGCAGCGUUGACAUCGAGGUUUUGGAUGACGACGGCUCUGCAUUGCUGUGGCUCGGCAACAGACAAACCGCCCAACGCGUCGUGCUCUUCCUCCACGGGGGAGGAUACCUCGUUCCACUAUCACCAGGACAUUUGGAAUGGUGCUGGGAGGUCUUUGUGACCACCCAGUUCGAAGCAGGCGUGGAGACAGCAGUCGCUAUUCUCGAGUACACGCUCUGCCCCAGCGCAGCAUUCCCCGUCCAGCUCACGCAAGCUGCGUCUGGCCUCGCGCACAUUCUGUCUACGGGGGUGCUGCCGCGCAACAUCAUCUGUGGAGGCGACUCGGCAGGCGGCAACUUGACUAUGCAGCUGCUCGCUCACCUCAUCGAUCCGCAUCCGGGGGUACAUGCUGUCCGGCUGGCAGAACCGUUUCAGGCCGCGUUCAUGGUCUCACCGUGGCUGAGUAUGAAGACAGGCGACGCGUCGUUCCGCAAGAGUCAUGGCAUUGACAUACUCUCGGCGAGUAUCGUGCAGACUUCUGUACAUGCCAUCUUGGGUGAGGUUGGUCAAUCGCCAAGGCGUGCCACAGUGGAAGAGCGAGAGGGUGCUUUCCCGUUUGACAAGGAUGGAUGCUCUUUUCUGUCGCGCCUUCCGGAUGUUAUAGCCCGUAUUUAUGUAUCCGUGGGCCAGUACGAGGUGCUGCGUGACCAAAUCGUGGCUCUCGCGCUGGAGGCUGAGCGACGCGCGCCCACGCUGGACGUGCAGCUUGACAAGUUCGAGAAGCAGGCGCAUGAUUUCAUUCUACUGGAGGGCAUGAUAAGGAGCCCGGGAGAGGCAACAAAUGCCAUGAUCACGUGGCUGAGGCGGUAG